AUGUGGCCCUUUGGCAGCUCCUAUCCUGAGCGCACGCCUGAAGAUGUGGAUGGGAAGAUAUACGACUAUGUGAUUGUCGGAGGUGGCGCCGCUGGCUGUGUCUUGGCCUCGCGCCUCUCUGAGGAUCCGACAGUAUCUGUGCUGCUCCUUGAAAAGGGCUUUGUCAAAGACAAUCUCUUUAGUCGCAUCCCGCUGCUCUCCCAGAAUCCCAUGAUGUCUGGGUUACAGGUCGUGAAGCAUUUGAAUCAGAUGCCCUCGGCAUUGAACCGAAAGCUAUCUCUCUUCUGGGCAGAGGCGCUCGGAGGCUCAACCCGCAUCAACGCCAUGCUGCUGACUCGAGGUCCACCUGGCAACUACAACGAGUGGUCGCAGGAUUUGGGAUUGAAGGAUUGGGGCUGGGAGAGCGUAGAGCCUUACUUUCGGAAGAGUGAAAACGCCAUCGGCCACCCAGAUGCCGAGUAUCGAGGCUAUCAAGGACCAGUUGAAACCCGCCAGCCAGCCUAUCCAUUCUCUUUUCAUCCCUUCAUUGAGAUAGCUGCCCGCCGGCUGGGGCUUCCUGUUCAUGACGACUGCAACGACCCAGAUGCGAGCGCGCAGGGCUACUUUCGCCUAGACCAGGCCAUCGAUAGCAACGGGCGACGCAUCUCUGCGUACAAGGCGUGGCUUAGCAAAGAGACUGCUAUUGCUCGAGCAUCACACCUUACUGUGUGCACUGGUGUGACGGUUUCAAGACUUGAGAUCGAUACAAAGUCUCGCAAGGUCAUUGGCGUCCAAAUGCGGCGCAGAGGGCAGACAGACAAGGGUGAGUGCUAUGUACAGGCACGACGAGAAGUUGUGCUUUGCGCCGGGGCAAUAGAUAUCGAGAUUAUGAUCAUUCCCGUUGAAAGUUACUUUGAUGUCUACAUCACAGAGCAUUCACUGUUGACUUGGCUAUGUACAUUGGUGCAGCCUUUUAGCAGAGGCCACAUCAGGCUUACCACAACGAAUCCCGAGCAUCCUCCUGAAAUCACUCAUCCUCUUCUAAGAGACGAGAGGGAUUUUCCACCGAUGCGAAAGGCCAUCCGCUUCGCGUUGCGCCUGGGCCAGGAGUUUGCCCACUCGGGAUAUCCGCAUCCCGCGCCUUUGGUCUACGGACCCGGUAUGGAUUUGGAAUAUCUCGACCAAAGACUGGGAUUCACGAAGCUACUACCGAAGCAACAGAGAAAGAUCGGCGGCACAACUGAGCUUCCAAAGUGGCAAGACUUAUCGGAUGAGGCCAUCGAUGAGUACACCAAACGUGCCUACCAGAGCGCUUUGCACUACGCCUGCACUUGUCGCAUGUCGCUUGACGCAUCAGAUGGUGUUGUAGACCAGAAACUGCGUGUUUUUGGCAUCACUGGACUUCGCAUCGCCGACGCCAGCGUGUUUCCCAAGAUUCCCAGUGCGCACACAAUGGCACCGACGAUGAUGGUGGCCGAGAGAUGUGCCGACUUCAUCAAGGAGACGUGGCGCGAGAAAUAG